GGUGGUGGUGGAGGAGGAGUGAGUGUUGCAGGUAGCAGUGUUUCACAAGGAAAGUCCCACACCCAAAGAAAGGUCUCAUUGCAUUUAGACCUUAACCAAGUUGAAAAUCAAGCGUCUAGUAGGGAGUACAAACCACCGAGACAAACUGGAACUGUUACUGUGAGUGGGGGAAGCCAGAAGUCAAAAAAUACUCCCAAUUCUUCUUACCCUCACUACUCCAGAGUACUGAAAGACGUUUCUUCGAGUAAGGAGAAUUCAAAACCUUCCCGUUCCUUGUUGGACCAUAGUGUUCCACAGCAGCAGUUGCAACAGCAGCAUCGUUCUUCCCGUUCCAGAGAUCGUCACUUUACUGCUCCACGUGGAUUUUCUAGUCCUGAGACCUCUUGCAUUGCAGAUCUUAUGCACCCCUUGAAGUGCGGGUGUCGUGGCUGCUGGCGAUUGAUGCGUUGUGGAGAAGAUGGAGGAGGAGCCAGUCCCACUUCGUCCCUUUCCUGCCGUCCUGGCCGAGGCAGUGGCAUUGGAAGUGGUUUCAAAUCCCUUGGAAGCUGCCUCUCAGCCUCCACCUCAUCCUCCACUUCUAAUUCUAAUUCUUCUACAUGUAAAGCCAGUCUUCUGCACCCUCUCAGCUGUGUACCAUGUUCUGGAAGUGUUCUGAGCAGUCCAAUUGCACUCAAGAAGAAGCUUGGAGGAUGCUUACCAUGUGCUCCUAUUUCCACUUCCUCUUCUUCCUUUAGAGCUUUGCAAAGUUGUGUUGGUGGGUGCAACCCUUCCAUCAAGUCUGUCAGUUCUUCCUGCAGCUUUUGUAGUAGUGAUCCUAUAGUAACCUAUGAUCCCCGGGGUUCCAAGGGUAGCAGUGCAAGUAGGGGGGCUCUGAGUAGCAGUAUAACUGAUGAUGAUGAUUACAGCGUACGUACUAUCUGGCCUGAGGAGCUGGCCCGGAAGAUGUCAAGGUCUAAAAUUCAACAACAGCAACAGCUUCAGCAGACAAGAACAACAAACCCUGUCAUUCUGGACUGUAGAAAUCUAAUGGAGUACACAAGAAACCAUUUGCAAGGAACAGCCAUGCACUUCACAGACUCUGCUGGGCGGCGUAGGCUGCAGCAGAGUAAACUGGCUGUCCUUGACUUUAUCACCUCAUCAACGGUUUCAAAUCGAGAAGGCAGAGACUCACUUAAAAGACUUUGGCCAAAAGACCAAAUUAACUAUAGCAAUGGAGAGCCAUCUUCUCCUCCUAGUACCUCUCCAGUUUCCUCCACGGGUACUCUUCCUGUCCCAACACCAAAAGAUGUUCCCAGCAAGCCCCAGCUGUCUUCCCAGUCUUUGCACCUCGUACUGAACUCUCUUAACAAAGAGCAGGAUGACAGCCAAGCUAAAGGUGGCCUUGCUGCUGAUGGUCAGUCCCAGUGUGACUCUUCGGUUUUUCCCAGCUUCGACCCAGACAGUGGUCAGGUGCCACUGACGCCUGAUAUUGAGAAUGCCGAGCUGAGUCCAAUCUUACCCUUUCUGUUUCUGGGAAAUGAGAGUGAUGCCCAGGACCUGGAUCGCAUGCUGAGGUUAAAUAUUGCCUAUGUGGUCAAUGUCACUACUCAUCUCCCCCUCUACCACUUGGAAACUGGUCUGGUUCGGUACAAGCGCUUGCCUGCUACAGACAACAGCAAGCAGAACCUACGGCAGUAUUUUGAGGAGGCCUUUGAGUUUAUAGAGGAAGCUCAUCAAUGUGGGAAAGGAGUGCUCAUCCACUGCCAAGCCGGGGUCUCGCGUUCUGCCACAAUCGUCAUCGCCUACUUGAUGAAGCAUACACUGAUGACCAUGACUGAUGCUUACAAGUUUGUGAAGGGGAAACGCCCUGUCAUCUCUCCCAACCUGAACUUCAUGGGCCAGUUGCUCGAGUUUGAAAAUGACCUCAAUUCUGGCGUCACACCCCGCAUUCUUACUCCCAAACUGACUGGAGUGGAAACCCAAGUGUGAAGCAUUAAAUUGCUAAGAAAAGGAAGGUUGAAAAAGUGAAAUUUUUCUGAGCAGGCAAGUGUAGCUGUUGAGGAAAGAAGAGCAUUCAAGAAAUAAGCCAGCAAACAGCCUGCUCUACGUUGACAUGCUGAAGACCUAGUACCUAACAAUUCAGGGCUUUACCUCUACAUGGGUCCAGUUUUAAGUUCACGAAUGGCAAACCAGGUUCAUUAUACAUCCAACGUGACAAAUCCUUCCAAAUAAUAAGCAGGACAACCUCAGCUUGAACCUCAUACCUUCAGGAUAUUGGGUCACUGUCACAAAGCAGUAGAUGUCACCUCUAAGAAGCAUCCAAGAGGAUUAAAAACAAUAACACACACAGGCAAUCAAGGGAAUGAAGAUACGUGACCUCUGUUGUCAAAGCCUAAUGUGCUUGAGGUGGCCAACAGUGAGUGAGGUGACCAGUGUCUGCCCUGUUAGAUUAAGGACAGCUGAAAUGCUAAAUUGCAGCUGCCACCAUCAAAUCUUCCCAAAAGACCAAAAGGGGAAAUUAAUUACUUCAAAUUCAUGCUGUCAAAUUUGAGAGAAACCAAAGCCCUGAAUUGUUAGCUCUUGGUCCUAGAGAGCAAAAUACAGCUUUGAAGGAUGAGUGAAGGAUUAAUCUCAGGGCACUCAACUAUGAAACAAUAGAAAAUGUCACUCGAGGGCCUGGGCAAGGAGUAAAGACAGAUCCCAGCUGGGCCAUGUGCAAUAAAUCACUUUGAGACAAUCAGGGUUACUUGACAGAAUUUUCCUUUGUCAGUCCUUUUUUUUUUCAUCUAAACUAAAAAAUCAAGAACCCUGGAAGUGACAUUCGUAGAGACUUCCUGACCCACCCUGCAUCAGAGAGGAGGACAAUUCCAGGAGGGGAUUUUUGUUCAUCAGGGUAUGGGAGCAGAAGCAAACUGUGUACAUUAUUAAAGUCCAAUCACCCCGAAUGAGAACGGCAAGGAAGAUUAUUGAAUUUGUUUGCCAUUUCUUGGUUCGUAAUUAAUUUAAUUUAUUUAUCAACAUAUUUAUUCAGUUUCUUCUUUUUUUAUGUUAUUGUUGCUUUAAUCUUAAUAUGCUCAGGCCUUAAUACAGUAUACUAGUCUGUGUUGAGCCGCUUUUUCCAAACACCUCUGAAGGUGUGGAUUUUGCCAAAAUGUGUCCGUACUAAUGCAUGUGGAAUAUCGGAGCAACACUGGCCAUUAAAAAAAAAAACAAAAUACAAAAAACAAAUGCAGCCAGGCUUUUCCAUGAUCACCUCUGCCAAUGGUUUGCAUUGCACUUGGUACGGUGUCUCGUGUGUCUGUUUGAGUUGUUGUAGCUACGAAAAUUGCCCACAAUCAGUUGUGAAAGCAUGAAUUGUGAUUUAAAUGGCUCUUUGCAGGACUCUGAAUAGCACAUUUCAUUUGGAGCCAUGCUGCGGUUGGGUGGCAGUUCAUCAGAAAUGAAUGAUGAAUAGGGCGGUAAAUGCAAAUUUGCCAUUUUGCAUGUGCUAUUGUAGUCCUGCAUUUUUAGAUUUUGUGGUCCCGUACACAAAUCUUGAAAUGCAGAUACGGUAACAGGAGCUUGCGAUGCAAAUCAAAAUGAUACUUCCAGAACUUCGUUUGUGACUGCCUUGUGUAGCUUGUGUUUAUACUCAGGAUUUUGGUUUAGAUUAUUAGGAACAAAACGAAAAGACCACCUAAUACAGAUUAGUAAUGCGUAGAACAACCUAAAGAUAUACAAUAAAAUAAAGGGUGGACACUUCAUUAGAGCUAUAUUACAAGGGACUCUUUCUUUUUUUCUUUCUUUCUUUAUUUCUUUUUCUUUCUUUCUUUCUUUCUUUCUUUCAGCUGCUCAGUUUAAGGAUUAAGCACUGGGACCGAGUACUGUGUGAUACUUCAUGUGGAAGUCUAUUUCCAUAAUGUUUGUGAUAUGAUACUGGACUACACUGUGGAUACUUCUGUUAAAAUUACAAAAACAAAAUGUGAGGCUCCCAGAGAUCUGCUGGAGUGUUGUGUUUUAAUGUGGCGUCUUUUGUUGACAUGUUUUCUUGUCUCUGUAUUGUCUUCAUGAUGGAUCAGGCUACUGGUCUCAACAUACAAGCGGGGGGAGGAACUACAAACAAUACACCCACUCUGCUUCUUCUUCUCUAAACCAAAGGGGGUGUUGCCCCCGGCACUCCUAAGUCAUUCAGUGACUCAAAGGCAGUGGGAUGGCGGGCAGUGUGGCUUCAUGGGUGAGGACCUGGCGUCUCAGUGCCCUCCUCAGACUCCCUUGUGUGACCCUAAGGAAAUCCCGUAACCUGCCCGAAGCACACUACGUGAGUGAGCAGCUGUACAAUGUGCCUGGACUUGUAAAGUGCCUUGGCUGGUGUUUGCUAGGAAAAGGUGCUUUAUAAAGUUAGAAGCAGGUUGUGCUGCUGUCCCUUUUUUCCUCUGGCAUACCAGUAUUCUGGUGACCCAGUUCAGUGUUGGGCUGGACAUUGGGGUACUUCCUUUGAAAUUGUAAUAUGAAUCCAAACUAGUUGUGCAGCAAGCAAAAAGGCCAAAUUAGUUUGAGGAACAUCAGUGCAGCGCAGCCCUUCCUGCACGCCUUGGAACAAUGCAGCACUCCACUAAAGUUCAUUGUUUUUGAAAUCCUUAUUGGAAAUUACCUCACAAAGCUUCUUUUAAUAAUCACUGUCUUCCUAAUUCUAAUUGUUUCAAAAAUAAAUGACUAAAAAAUGUGACACAGUGCUCUUAAAACUUGCCUCCCAACUGGCAUCUGUUUAGUGUUUCAUCAUAGAGGUGAUGGCAUGUAUAUGGAAUAUCCAACCAUCUGUCCGGUGUAUGCUCUCUUUGGAUCAUGGCGGCUGUAAAAGCCCUGGCCGGUGUACCAGCCCAUGACACGGCCCACAUACUGGGAUGCAUAUUUGGGAUGUGAUAGAAAAGCCAGAGCACCCGUAAAAAAAAAAAAAAAAA